UGACAAUGUUUGAUUGUUACAGUAAUUAAAACACGAGGGGCAAAUACAGGACGCCUGUCAUUGAGGACCUGAGCAUAUAGCACAAUGUUUGUUUGUACUAAGCUGUUUUAAAACGACGUCAACUGAGAAGUAUACUAGUAUAAGAUGAUCUUCCCCUCUUGUUCAUACAUUAACAACACCAAUGAACCCUUUUAGACAUCGAAUUAAAUACUAAAUAUAUGACGUCUUUGGGGCGAUGGCAUGGCUAUGGUUAUAAAAAAAAUAGUAGGGCUGGCUGUAACCCAGGCAUUAUAUUCAUAUUUAAACAUUAACAACUACAUAUCAAGGCCGUUAAUAAUGCCCAAUAAAGUCUCCAAGUUAUUCUCUCAUUGUAUUUUGCCAGGUUAUAUGAGAAGUUUGAACAAGCGCUGACUGACAGACAAUAGUACACGAGACAGCAAGGGGCCACAGUAGUACAAUGACACUGCUGACACUGGAAUCCCCCCUUCCUGUUGAACGCCCAUUGUGCCUCUGGCGCCUCCUAACGGCUCUGAGCGUAACAGCAGGAGGGGCGUCAGGCCAAAGGAAUAAACUUCCCAAGACCGAGGAAACAUUCAGAAAGUCGCUCGCGCUCCUUCUGAAUCAACUUUCGGGACGUCAGAAUAAGGGAAUACGCUUAUUUCUGCUAAAUACCACUUAGCAAAACACAUUUACCACCAGUUUUUAUUCAUUAUCAAACUGAUAAAGAACAACGGAUUUGUUCGUUAGCCGGCUGCUUUUUCUCGAGCUUCGGACGUACAAAAAAGUGGUCGCUUUGCCGGUGAAGGACCUCCGGGUAACAGCUUUAUUUCAGAUAUGGCUUUAUCAUGUCAGUCUGGUCUCCGUGUUUCCAUUCGGCGAGGAUAGGUGUUUUAGUCAACAGACGUUUCUUUCAAUGUAGUUAUUUGAGCAAAGCACAAACGUAAGUUCUCUGGAGCUUUAAUGAAUACAUCAGGUGGUUACUAACCGUGCCGAAGUGGUAAAGGAUGGCUGGCGUGGUGCGCACCCUGAGCCGGUGUCUGCUGCCCGCUGAGGCCGCGCACGAUGACAGGAAUAACGGUAAAGAACGAGCCAGCGAACGCGACGUCAACCAGGAGCGCGAGGCGAAGCGGCGUAGCCGUGAGAUCGACGCCAUGCUCGCGCGCGAGAGACGCGCGGUGCGGCGUCUGGUGAAGAUCCUGCUGCUGGGUGCCGGCGAGAGCGGAAAAUCCACAUUUCUCAAACAGAUGAGGAUCAUUCACGGGAAAGAGUUUGACCAGAAAGCGCGGCUGGACUUCAGGGACACCAUCUUUGAGAAUGUCAUCAAGGGGAUGCGGGUGCUCGUGGAUGCCAGAGAUAAGCUUGGCGUUCGCUGGCAGAACUCUGAGAACGAGAAGCAUGGCAUGUUUGUCAUGUCCUUCGAAAACAAAGCGGGCAUGCCUGUUGAACCCUGCACCUUUCAGCUGUACGUACCAGCCCUGCAGGCCCUGUGGAGCGAUAGCGGCAUCCAGGAAGCUUAUGGACGACGGAACGAGUUUCAGCUGAGUGAAUCAGUCAAGUAUUUCCUGGACAACCUGGAUCGGAUUGGCCAACUGAACUAUGUGCCAAGCCGCCAGGACAUCCUCCUGGCCAGAAAGGCCACCAAGGGAAUUGUGGAGCAUGAUUUUGUCAUCAAAAAGAUCCCUUUCAAGAUGGUUGAUGUGGGUGGUCAGCGCUCUCAGAGACAGAAAUGGUUCCAGUGCUUCGACGGCAUCACCUCCAUCCUCUUCAUGGUGUCCUCCAGCGAGUACGACCAAGUGAUAAUGGAAGACCGCCGCACCAACCGCCUGGUGGAGUCCAUGAACAUCUUUGAGACCAUAGUCAACAACAAGCUCUUUUCCAACGUCUCCAUAAUCCUCUUCCUCAACAAGAUGGACCUUCUGGUGGAGAAGGUACGCAAGGUCAGCAUUUGCAAGCACUUUUCUGACUUCAGGGGAGACCCUCACCGGCUGGAGGACGUUCAGGCCUAUCUUGUGCAAUGCUUUAACCGCAAACGCCGCAACCGCGGUAAGCCGCUGUUCCAUCACUUUACCACUGCCAUUGACACUGAGAACAUUCGCUUCGUCUUUCACGCUGUCAAGGACACAAUUCUUCAGGAGAACCUUAAAGACAUUAUGUUGCAGUGAGAAGCAACAUCCUGUUUAUUAUUGUUUAUAUCAAUUUUCUACCUAUUUGCGGCGAGAAAUACCUUCUCGACUUUAUUUUAACUCCUCGACUGAUGUGCAAAAGCAACGUCUUGUGUUGUACACAUUGUUUUCUAUCAUGUACUCCGUUGUGUGAGAAGGAGUUCAGUAAUAUCAAGGACAUGCCAUUAAGUUCUAAAAAAAGGACAAAUUGCUGAUGUUUUCAUGUCUUCUGGGAUUUGAGCAUAUGAAUUCAAAUGACACGAGAGUUUGAUAAUGAAUUGUUUUAGAGUAUGUGACGGGGUAAGAGACACGGCAGACAUAGAGCAACGGUGCAAGCAACCCCAGCGGGGAAUUUAUUAAACAACUUAAAAUAUACUGUCCCACAAGGUAACAUCCUGGGUGCUCUUAAAUCAUAAUUGGCCAGUCCGUGCUCGUGUAUGAAGGUCCUCGUCCCUGCUUCCCUCGCUGUCCUUCCGUUUUCCAUUCCGGGGCGAAUGGUGACAGCGGUGUUGUCUCUCGACCCAGGACCUCGAGUGAUCUUCGCACGCGGCCUUUAUGCCCGGCAGCUAAUCCAGCGCAGGUGUAGCGCAAUCAGCGCUAGCUGGCGGGCUGUUGCCCAGGUGACGCUGAUCCCAGGUCAGCUCCGCGUCACAGAGUAUUCUCAACUUUUUCUCAAGGAUAAACUCAAACAAUGCACAGCAGCGUUACACUGGCUCAUCUUCAAAAUAACAAAACAUCCUAAGAAUAAAUAACAAAUCUGCACUGAGCAUCCAGUCUAGUUAAGAUUCACCUUCUUUGUGUUUACACGUUAUCUUUGAUAUAGUCAAAAAUUUCAAUAACACUUUAUGUAGACUUCUGAGUUCAUAGAUGACAUGCAGAUUUCUCAUUAACAUCAAGCAGGGUUUUUGUACAUAGUGAAAAUGGCUUUUGUACAUUGUAUCUGCCUUUUGGUUUUGAGUUAAGCUACAAGCUUUGAUAUGUAGAGUAUAGGGUCAAAUCACUGGGUAUGCCUAACACCACUAACUUCAGAUGAAUAAAGCAUUAAUGGGUUUCAUUUAAUGACAUUAUUGCAAAACAUCUGCUCUUUGUUUUAGUAGUAGAUUCUGACAAACCGUAACAAGACUUUUGAAAUGUACACUUUGAUACAUAAAACAGUGUUUAGUACCCCUAAAAAGUUGAUGGGGGAGACAACCUGGAUCUGGUGAUUUAUAUUAGCAGUGGAUAUAAAGAUCUUAAUUUCUUUUUGAUUUCGGCUGUGCAUGGAGUUAUUUUAAUCAAAUCUUUAUGAAUGUAAAUGUGUGUUUGAUGCCACAAAUGGUCUCUUUUCAGAUAGUCACAGAUGGUUUAAAUUUCAGCGCAAGUGUGUACCUUAUCACAAUCUUGUAUUUGUCAUUCUUUAAGGGAAAGCAUGAGCUAAAGUGUUACAUUUACACAGGCAUUCUUGAAUUAAUAUUUUUUUUUUUGCUGAAAUGAACACUGUCAGCUCUUCAUUGUUAUUGUAAAGCAGAGGUGGCCGUGUUUAUCAGUGCUUUAAAGUAUGAUGUAGAUACUGUUCCUCCUCAUACUCAAUUGCCAUAUUAAAUGUUGGCCGGAAAGGUUUUGAUUUGAGAUGUCCGACACACCCAAAACUAUUGUAGUGAAAAAGUCUUCCCAGUGAGAGCAGCUCGCUCGCAUUUACUGGAAGAUAUCUGAAUCUCAUGUAGAUAAAGAAGCAGAUGGUUCCUUAUUUCAAGCUUGUAUGUAUGUUUGUCUCCUCCUUUGAAAUCCCUGGGAGAAUUCAUAAAAACAGUCCCAGUGCACAAACAUAUAGGCUGUAAAAAUAUAUCAAUCUGCUGAAACCGUUGCAUAUGCUGAACAAGAAGCAACAUGUGAUGAGAGCAAUCACAUUCAUCCAAAUCUGUGUUGUUGUCCUCUAACCAUGCAGACACAAUCGUGACUUGUUUUUUUGACAACUUUGCUCCUUUUCUUGCUGUGUCACACUAUGUAGCCCCGCCUACUGUGGCAUCUUAUUGGUCCAACACUCCUCUUAACUUCUCUUGCAUAGUUUGCAUAAAUGUAAUUUUUGUUCAGUUUCACACUAUAAAUUGGCAUAGAAUCCAUUAUACCUGUUUUGGAUACAUUGUUUGGAUCUCUUAACGGUCACUGUUAUAUAGGAUGUCUACUUUAACAUCUGACAGUAUUUUACUGUACGUUUUUCUGUUUUCAUGUUUUGUUUCCCUGUUGUUUUACAUAAUCAUUGAUUGUAAAAAGUGUGAAAUUCCAGAUUAACGGCAUUAUGUGUGUUUUGUAUAUAAGAAUUGUAUAAAUACAAUAAAAAUGUCAAUGUUGAAUGAUA